CACACUGUCAUUCAUUGCGAGGAACAUCUCUCUAAGGACACGACUGACAGGACGCCACUUUAAGGACACAUCUUCUACAGUGUUGUGAGUGUGUGUGUUAGUUACGCUUCAAGCUUCAAGUGUCAGGAUGAAGUGUGUGCUGUUGGUAAUCGCCGCAGUGAUCGGACUCUUUGCUCUGGGCGAGUCUCUGAAAUGUAAUAAAUGUUCCGUGGCUUUGGUUGGGAUCUGUCUGAACCCCUCGACCACUGAAUGCUCCACCAACACAUCUCAGUGCAUCACAUCAAGAGCCAGUUUCCCAAGCAUCUCUGGCUUCCUGGGCUUUAACUCUCAGGGCUGUGCAGAGUCAUCUAACUGUACCGGCAACAUCACAGGCUUCAUCCUGGGUGCGAAGUACGAGAUCACUCAGACCUGCUGCAAAACAGACAGAUGCAACCCUGUACAGCUGAAUGGCGCCUCCUACAUCCAGCUUUCCCUCACUGCAGUUCUGAGCGCCACCCUGUUCGCCUGUGUCUGGGGCCAGUCCGUCUACUGAGCACUGAAAUCUGACUCAUUUACAAUGUCAUUACUCUUGUAAUGAUUACACAACAGUAACAAACAAAUGGUGUUUGAGAUUUGAAAAUAUUUGGAGAAUUCAAUAUUUAAUGCAAUUGUGCCACUGUGUUAAAAUGGUGAUAAGAUAACAAAAUCAAAUUAUAAAGUCAACAGAAAUAUGGAUUUCUAAUCUACAAAAAAAAAAUGGGAUAAAUUUCUGAAAUGAAAAAUAUCAACAAAAAAAGCAAACAUUUAGUACUGACAUAGAGUUUGCAUUUUUUAAAGUUCUCACUAAAGAUAAAAUGCUGUGACGAUGUGAAUGAAUAUAUUUUGAAAUUCACUUCUGAAGUAUGAAAGCUACGCUUUGAACGUGAUUGUACUUGUUUAUUCUUUAUAAUGUUAUUAUAAAUUUGUACACUGGGGAAAUUACUUUGUAAGCUAAUUUUUCGUGAUGUUUCCAUUAAAAUUUCUAUGAAAAACUAA